CAAGCAAUCCCAAACCGAGCAGAAACAGAACGGAGGUGAACAUGGCCGAUGUGUCGGAGAGGACGUUACAGGUCGCCAUUCUCGCUUCUUUUGCGGUUGGUUUUGUAGCCGGCUGGCAGGCAAACAGAAUGCGAAGAAGGUUCUUGGACUGGCGGAAGAAGCGGUUACAGGAUAAACUCGCAGAAACACAAAAGAAGCUGGAUUUGUCGUGACAGAUUCAAAAUACCACAGAUGAACUGUGUCUGGUCAAGAAGGUCACCCGAAUGUGACGGUAUUGACUGCACAACCAGAAUGAGGAGUCUUUCUUGGAUAACAGCACCUCUCAAUUCAGCAGGAUCAAGCUUUCAAUCUUGGAGCAAAGACACACAAUCAGACUGAAAUGCAACAAUAUAGUUUUCAAAGACUUUAAACUGUCUGCAAAAUGUUUUAUUUGUAAGAUUUUUUUUUCGCAAUGUUUGUUCAAGCCAUAAAUCAAAUUGUUACCAUGUCUGUGCUUUCUGCCUGUUGCUGUGGAAAUAAAU